AUGGCGAUGCGGGCGGUCGUUGUGCUGCUGGCGGCGGCCGUGAGCCUGUUCGCGGCGGGCGCGUUGGCGCAGACGACGGAGCCGCCGUCGUGCACGUUGAAGCUGGUGGGGUGCGCGGCGUACAUGAACGGGACGGACGCGGAGACGCCGCCGGACACCUGCUGCGGCCCGCUCAGGGACGCCGUGCAGAACGAGCGGACGUGCCUCUGCGCGCUCUACGUGUCGCCGGCGAUCUUCGCGGCCUACAACAUCAACGUCACCGACGCGGUCCGCCUCCCCAAGCGCUGCGGCAUCAGCGAGGACGUCACCAGCUGCCCCAGCGACUCCCCGUCGACGUCUCCUCUAGGUAAUAGAUGUUCUCCGUCAACUGGCAAAAAUGCUGGUCACCGCACUGUCUCAGCCAGUUUCGCGGGGUUCAUGAGCUUAUUCCUUGUCCUGUGGUCUGCAUUGGCAUAG